GACAGCUCCGAGGCAUAAUCCCAAGCAAAAGUGUUCUAGAGAUUGACAUAUAAGAUAUCGUAAAUGCCCAAAUCCCUCGGUGACGCCGCGCAGCUUCGCGCCAAUGAUGUUCCUCCCAUCGACAUCACACACCACGCCUCCCACAGCGACCCGUGUAUACCUCUCGCCAGCGUCUUUUCCCCGGCUACAUGGCGCCGCGAUAUGAACUCACCCUUUGGCUCGCAGCAUCACGCACCACGUCCCCGCCCCUCGCUCCAGGUAUACUACACCGCUCCGGAUGCCGCCGACCCCGCACGUCUGGAAGCGGCUGCCCGGGCCCUAGAGACGAGUAUUCUUCCCGAGCGCCAUCAGGGUAGAGACACCGCCGAGUGCGAUCGGUUGGACGUGUAUGGGAUGCCGUUCCUGGAGCUAGAAGGAGAAGUGCUGGCUGCUUGCGUGGAGCACCAAAGACGCGAGAUUGUUUCCCGGGUCGAGGAUAAGCACUGGUGUAUCCAGCGGUAUGACCUCGGGGGCUGUGAUUGGCGGAGGGCGUUGGUUAUCGUGAGGAAAGGACAGGAGGAGUGGGUGGGGGAGGAUGGGGCGAGGCGAGAGGUUGGUCUGAGUGUGGUUUUCUUUGACGCGGUUAGUCGGGAGGGACGAGAUAUUAGGAGAGACAUCUGGGAACGGAGAGCGGAAAGCGUGGAGGAGGAAGACGUCUUGAUUAGGGAACUCAAGUCGGAGUUGAAUUGGCAGCACAGCGCCUCGCAGUUCGAGGGAUGAUAAUUUGGUGGUGUCUGGUUCGUCUUGUAGAUUCAGUGUUUGCCUAUUUCAACCUCGUUGAAUAUCGUGUUACUCUUAGACCUGGCGUAGAUUGUAACGUCCCUGUCCUAUCUGCUAUUCGAAAUAUAAGAAGGACAUCUAGAUGUUGGGUCCUCUAAGGAGUAUGGCGCAUUCUCCGUAAAGGCUUCUUACCUUCACUCUGUUAAGGAACCGAGAAGGAUACCAAUACC